UUCAAGGUCUUGAUUUUCACAUGAAAAAGUGUUCUUCCUCCAAAACUACACCCAUCUGGUGUCCAGCCCAAAGCAGUCCUAUAGUCAUUGUACGCCUCCCUUUCUUAACACAAGCCAAACUUGCUCCAACUCUACUAUCUACACUGUCCAUGCCUAAGCUAAUUGUUAUUUCUUGCUUUACGAUUUGCAAUUAAAACGUAGUUUCUCUGUUAAUUAACACUAUAUUUGCCAAUCUAACGAGAGUUGUACAUUUUUAGUGCCAUGACAGAAUCAAAGGUACUGGUGUCUGCAAGUGCGAACCUUUAUUCACUGGUUUUGCUUGUGAAAAGUGUUCCAACGCUACGAUGUUUGGCUCCAGCUGUAAUAAGACCUGUACCUGUGUCCACGGAUCCUGUGAUAAUGGUAUCCAGGGUAACGGUACAUGCAAACCUAACUCUUGCCAGGCUGGUUACCAUGGUGAUAAUUGUGACAUCACUGAUAAGAGCUGUGUUGGGUCACCAUCUCUACGUUGUCACUAUAAAGCUCGCUGUGUAAACGAUAACGGAACGGAUGUGUGUAAGUGCAGCUCUGGUUAUGAAGGCUCUGGUUUGGAGUGUUAUGAAAUCAAUCCUUGUGCAAAACCCAAUAGAGGUGGAUGUCAUAAAGAUGCCAAAUGCACAAAGACUGGACCGGGUACCAAURUCUGUACUUGUGAUAAAGGUUUCACCGGUGAUGGAUUGGUGUGUGCAGCAAUAAAUCCUUGUGAGAUCAAUCCUAGUUGCCACAGUAAUGCUAAGUGCAAGUUCCUUGGUCCUGGGCAGAGUAAAUGUCAAUGUAAGGCUGGUUUUACUGGAGAUGGCAAAAGUUGCGUUGAAAUUAAUAACUGUUUGAUAAACAAUGGAGGUUGUUCCAAGAAG